AUGAAGGCAGCGUCCCCUCGUUAUCUGAUGGUCCUCCACUCGCUGAUUGCGAUAAGAAACCCCGCGUCUGCUGCAGUUUCCACUUCCCUAGACCGCGCACCGUUUAGAAAACGUCGAUAUUCCGCGAUGGUCGAUUAUAUGUCACAGCUGAUUUUGUCAUCGCUCCGUGGCCACGGCGGGUCUCCCGGAGUUAAACAAGAAGCUCCGCUGGCUAUCAGUGGAGUUAAACAAGACGCUCCGCUGGCUAUCAAUGGAGUUAAACGAGACGCUCCGCUGGCUAUCAGUGGAGUUAAACGAGACGCUCCGCUGGCUAUCAGUGGAGUUAAACAAGACGCCCCGCUGGCUAUCAGUGGAGUUAAACAAGACGCUCCGCUGGCUAUCAAUGGAGUUAAACAAGACGCUCCGCUGGCUAUCAGUGGAGUUAAACGAGACGCUCCGCUGGCUAUCAGUGGAGUUAAACAAGACGCUCCGCUGGCUAUCAGUGGAAUGGAAGUGAAUGUAACAGAAAACCUAAGUAUCACCACGGACGUCUGGUACAAUAUAACUAGUGUUUCAAACAAUGAUUUGGUCCAAUCAGAAACGUCUACCUAUCGAGGAGGAGCAGACGACAUGUCUUCUAGGAACCAUGAAACAACCGUGGAGGCACUGGAGAACCUGACGUCUACAUAUGAUAUCACCUCCGAGUACAACUCGUCAAGGUCAGCGAUAAUAUCAACACUAUUGUCACAGACGUACGAGGACACGUCUGCCGUGGAUGUCUUCACGUCUGCCGUGGAUGCGUUCACGUCUGCUCCAGCAUCACCAGAAACACAGACAGUAUCGUACGAGAAUGACACCGCCUCAUGGAGUUCUGACAUCGACUACAGCUCCAGUUCCUAUACACACAGAUACGACUACCCUUUGCUCACCAGCACCUGGUCUGACUUUGUCACUUCAGUGUCGCAGUCCGAGACAGUGGACAAAUCAGAGACGGCUGAACCAGAUGUUGAGAUAGUCGUUCUGAAGGUUCUGUCCUUGGUUCUGAUCGCAGUAGCUGCUGUGGCCGGGAACGGGUUUAUUCUUGUCAGAGUCGUGAAGGCGAGUAACCUGCACCGGCCUCCCUUCUACUACCUGCUGAGCAUGUGUGUAUCUGAUAUAUCCAGGUCUGUAUUUUGUGUGCCGCUAGUGCUGACGUCGGUGUUACAGAAUUCCGUCUGGAAGUACGGCAGUUCCGCCUGCAAGCUGUUCGCUUUCGCCAAUUCGUUUUUCAUCUACAGCUCGUGUAUGUCCGUUCUUGCUAUAGCUGUUGACAGGCACGUGUCGAUCGUGUACUCCAAAUACUACAGACGCCGGUCACGUGGUCUGCUCAAUAUGAUCGUCGUUGUGAUUGGCUGGACUGUGGCCUUCACCAUGUCGUUCCCGCCGGUGAUUGGAGUCGGGACCUACGUGUUCAUCCCGGACGAGGCUCAGUGCACGUUCUACCACCGGGACUACAGGCGGAACGAUACACUGGGAUUCUUAUUGGUGUUCACUCUGAUUCUGUUCUUCGCCGGGUUUCUUUACUUCCGUGUGUUCGCCUUCCUCCGCGCCCACAGGAGAAUGAGACCGCUGGAACAUACUGCUGCUAGAAGCCGCAACUGGACGUUUAUCGGACCUGGGGCUAACGGGCAAGCUGUGGUUAACUGGCUAAACGGAUUCGGCGGACACAAUCAACCCAACCCGAUCCCGAAUCCCGUUAGGAAUCCUCAAAUCCAUCCCAAUUUCGGGCGAGUCGUUAACCUACAGGUGACGAGAAACGAGCAUCUCACGAGACUGUUCUGCAUCCUGACAUGUGCAUUCGGGACUCUGUGGGCGCCCUACGUCGUGCUGGGCUUCUGGAGAAUAUUUGGUGACGAGAAUUUGAUCACCUCUCCGUACGUAACAAUCUCGACAUGGCUCUCAUACACCCAGGUGGCGCUCUGUCCUGUGGUGUAUAUCUUGGCGCGCGGACCAAUCAGACGAAGUUCAAGGACAGUUUUGGAUUCUAAUAACAAGAAAGAGUUCUUAUUGGAGCCUAGACACAGAAAAUAAUAUGUCUCGGUGAUGGUAGUGGUUAAACUAUUGGACUUAAGAGUGGUAGAUACUGAGUUCGCAUCCAGGUACCGGCUCACACCCAGAGUAAGUUGUACUGACUUGGAUGGAAGAUGUUAAGCCACUGCACUGGCUUCUCUCUGGCCAGUCACCAAUACCUAACCCACUGUCCUAGAAAUAUAGCCCGGAUAACUUGGAUGGAAGAUGUUAAGCCACUGCACUGGCUUCUCUCUGGCCAGUCACCAAUACCUAACCCACUGUCCUAGAAAUAUAGCCCGGAUAACUUGGAUGGAAGAUGUUAAGCCACUGCACUGGCUUCUCUCUGGCCAGUCACCAAUACCUAACCCACUGUCCUAGAAAUAUAGCCCGGAUAACUGAGAUGUGUGCCAAGGACUGAAAAGAAGCACGGAAAUCAAGUUAAAUGAACAAAUGAAUGACAGAAAAUGUCAUCUUGCUUUCCUGUCUAACAGAGUUUGAAAGGAACUGUCAAUCUACGCCGGAGCCGGCGACGAGUGGAGAGGAAUUCGUUUUGUUCCCCCCGCGUGGAGCAGCCGGCGCGGACAUCGUUAAUAUAGCUUGUGAAGUCAGUGAGAAUCCCUGGAGAUUCCUCUUCACAUAGUUGACAUCUCACAACAAGGACCUGCUUUCCUCAUUCCAUCCAAAAAAAUCAGCACAAGUAUGUCAUCUUUUGAAGAAAAUUGAAAUUCACGUCCGUUUUAAUUAUGACUAAUGGCUAAUGAAUUCAUAAAGCUGCUGGGAAUUUUUAUUUUACAAUAAAUACAAUGAUUAUUU